CGUCGCUAGGGCAGUGCGCGCGUGGCCACACUGGUAGAGGGUAGCGACCGUGCCCACACACUCAGUCCCCACACGCGGCCGUCACCAAUCGCACGUGGACUCCACCACCGCAUAACCUCGCUGGCUCGUUCGCUGGUGCCUCGCUCGCUCCGUCGCAGCCCAGGCGAAGCAGACCCAAACCUCAGCAUCUCCCAGGCUAGAGACAAGUUGUAGUAGCCCUCGCUGGUCUCCCUCGGCCCCCUAAGCAUCCCGAUGGAGAAGUCUCCGAUGUACGCCGUCCUCACGCCCCCAGGAGAGGGCAGGCGGCAGUGGCUGGCGUGGAUGGCAGCUUUCGUGAGUCUGCUGGCCCUGGUCGUGUCCGUCGUGACCGCCUGCGUGGCCGUGCAGCAGCUCGACCGAGUCACGGAGGUCGAGCAGAAGAUGAUCGAGAUGAAGAUGCACUUCGAGCGGCUCCUCAAUGAGUACGACUACGACAUCUAUGACUACGACGACCCUAAGGCGGUGAACAUCGAAGAGCUGACACUUCAGAGCGUCGUCAGGAAGAAGAGGGAGGCUAACGAUGGACAGAACGGCGGAGUGCCUAUCUACGAGCAAGCUUAUGGACUCCCGCCUCGCUCCACCGCCCAGGGCCUUCGUCUCUACGGUGACCUCCUCUCUGGUGACGUCAGCGAAUCGCCCGAACUUGGCCCCGAGGUCACGGAGUCGCCCAUUAAGCCGUAUCACAGAAUAUCGAGUAUGUGGGUGCCUAAGGAGCGACGCCGGUAUUCCUCAGGCAAACUCUCCUCCAGGAACCACGGGAACGAACUGGACGGCAGCGAGGAAUCCGACGCAGAGGUGAUCCGCCAGGCCGCUCGGAACCAAGUGCUUAGGAGGAGGUCUCGCGUGAAGAGUCUCCAAGGGCCGGGCAGGAGUGUGCGCCGCCGCCAGAAGUCUCGAACACCCUCUAACACAAAACCUGCCCCUGUCUUCUUCCGCGAGGGCUUGGUCAAGGCGACCGAGCGCGCCAGUGCCCGAGCGAACAGCGUGGUCCCCCAGUCAGCCAAGGUCAUGUCGCAGCCCCAGGUCGUGCCCCAACCCGUGCCCCAACCCGUGCCCCAGAUGCCCGAGAGCCCGAAAGCCUUUGAGAGCAGACCGCUGUCAACCCUCCGCGCUCAGCAGGACAGAGCAGUCAAGAAAAUCCCGAGGAAGAAGCAGAGCCCGCGCCGACGCCGCUCCAACCCCGUGGUCACCGUCGCCCACUUCGUCGCUACGCCCGCCAACAGGACCGCCCACCACCACGCAGGAGUCGGCGAAGACGUUCACGGAGAAUGGUCACCUGCCGCCUGGAUGGACAAGCUAGGCCUCAACCGCAAGUAUUCUCUUCGAAGGGGCGUGGUCACGGUCAAGGAAGCUGGUCUCUAUUACCUCUACGCACAGGUGCUGUACCAGCCUGGGCGCUUCGGCAGUGGGUUCCAGGUGGUCGUCGACAGCAUCCCCAUCAUGGAGUGCACGUUGGCUCCCGCUCAGCCGUCUCCUUCUUGCCACACCGGGGGCGCCACCUACCUCCCCAGGAACGCCGCUGUUUACAUCCGGGAUCUCGACCACCACAUGACCGCCGUGAAGAACGAAGAGAACAGCUUCUUCGGCCUCGUGAAGCUCAUGGACGCUCCCGCCACGGCCGAAAAGCUCCUGCUCGGCUGAGAUCCUGAAGCUUUUUUCUGACUCGGGCGAGGAAAGGAAGAUUGGAGGAUGGGAAGGAAGAUAAAAGUGGUAAUAAUACGAGAGAGAGAAAAAAGGAAGAAAGAGAAAUUAAGAGAAAAUCCAUUAUUAACUGAUCGAGGUGUUAUAAGAUAUCGCCAGGUAUUGGAAAAGGGUUGUGAAUGAAUGAGAUAUUUCCAGGGAAGAAAUACCAAUCAGUUGAUAAUUACCCGAGGUGAUGUAAAUGAAGAAUACUUUUUUUUUCUUAAACGCACAAUAUUUUUCAAACAAAAAAAAAAUAGAAAUAAUAACUCAGCACCUCUGGCAGUCCCCCUAAUGCCUAUAAUCAUUCAGGUGAGACAAAGGAAAAUAACACAAAAUAUCCUUAUUUAGUAACACUUCGCAUACGUGAUAUUGAUAUGCAAUUUCUUGGUCAUUUAAGAAUUCUUCUGAGAAAGAGUAGAAAAUAUAUAUAUAUACAAUAAUACAUACAUACAUAUAAACAUAUAUAUUUACAUAUAUACAUACAUAUAUGUGUGUAUAUUAUAUAUAUGUAUAUAUGUAAGUAUGUAUGUAUUUAUUUACAUAUAUUAGAGGACCUUAAUCUCACCUAAAUGAGCAUAGGAUUAACAGGACUUACCACAAGAGACUUAGAGGUUGUAACUUGGCAUAUGAAGAUUUGCCACAAAGUUCUCCUGGAAUGAGACAGGAGCACGUGCUGUUCUGUAUUUAUAUUUUCGUUCGUUGGGUUUCGUCCUUCAUAGGAUAUAGGAAUUAUUCAGAUGAAUUCAAAAAGGCGAUAUUAAAAAAAAAGAAAAUUGAUUAUGUAAUGAGAAACAAAUCUCCUGAUAUUUAUAUAUUAAUACAUGGGAAACGAUAUUACUAAUAUUAGAUUUGCCUCUUAAAAAUUCCUAUGAAAAUUCCCUCUUGUAAAAUAUUUAUGUAAAAGUAGGUUAUUGCUUUAAAAAAAGAAGUCUUUUAUAUGUGACAGUCUGUAAAGAACCUUAGAGCUUUAAUAUACAUGGAUAGGGAAGUCUGCAAUUUUGUGUUUGCUUAAUGAAUAGAGCAGGCGAGACUAUACUACAAAGGUCUACUAAUGUUUCAGGAUUUGUGUCUUUGUUUAUGUUUUAAACUCGGCAACGUAAGCAUUUGACUCUUUUUUCAUCGAUAAUUUACUUUAAAUAUGUAAACCUUAAAUUCUUGGUACGGAAGUAAGUGACCAAAAUGUGAUAUAUACAUUAUUUAAAGAAACUCUUUUUUUUUUCUUUUUUUUCUUUUUUUUAGCUAAGGCACACUUGCAUGUAUGGAACCAUUUCAA